UCCCGCCCCUCGCGGGAACCGCCGCCCUCGGCGCGUCGGGGAGGAGCUGCCGCCGCCUCUCCCGACUGCGGAAGAGUCCGGGCCUCCGCAGGAUGGGGAGCAGCCCGCGGCGCUGAGACCAGGUUCCUGUCACCUCUGGCUGCGGGACCCGCUCCGCCGGCACCCGCACCCGCCCCGCGCCUGGUGGGGGCGGCGAGGAAGACGAGAGGGCUUCCCCGGCCCGGGGACAUGGAGCCGCGCGAGCCUGGCGCGGGACGGUCCGAGACGCGGCCGAGGCUGCGGCCACGAGCGGCCGGCGGUCCCAGAUAGAGCGGAGACGAGAGGGCGGGACGUGCAGGCCCCGAGACUCCGGAGGAGGAGCCGACGCCAGCCCUGAGCUGGUCUCGCCCCAGCCCCGGAGGGAUUCCGGGCCCCCUUCCCUGCGGUUCUCCGACUUCCCUCGGUGACGAAGUUUUCUCCCUGUGCCUUUUCGAGGAUUGAUCUCUAGAACUCGCCUUCUGGCAGACUUCCUCGGGUUGUUUGGGGAGAUAACUUGUUUUGCUCCACCCCAUAUCCCCUUUCCUUGACUCCUUCCAAUCGGACGUUCUAGAUGACUGCAUGGAGUUUUGAGUUGGACUUUUGUGUCCCUUACGGAGUCGGGCCUGAUCCCAGAGCACUGGGGGUGGGGUGGAGGUGUUCCUGUAAAAUGCAAGUUGGAUAAAAGGAGGACCUCUCGCCAAGGGCCCCAAUGAGUGGCACACAGUCUACUAUCACCGACAGGUUUCCCCUCAAAAAACCUAUAAGGCAUGGAAGUAUUUUGAACCGAGAGUCACCAACAGAUAAGAAGCAGAAAGUUGAGCGCAGUGCAUCACAUGAUUUUGACCCCACAGAUAGCUCCUCCAAGAAGACAAAGUCUAGUUCAGAGGAGAGUAGAUCCGAGAUAUAUGGUCUUGUUCAACGUUGUGUGAUCAUCCAGAAGGAUGACAAUGGAUUUGGGCUGACGGUCAGUGGAGACAAUCCAGUCUUCGUGCAGUCUGUCAAAGAAGAUGGAGCAGCCAUGCGGGCUGGAGUACAGACAGGUGAUCGAAUCAUCAAGGUGAAUGGAACUCUGGUGACUCAUUCAAACCAUUUGGAAGUGGUGAAGCUAAUCAAAUCUGGUUCCUAUGUAGCUCUCACUGUUCAGGGACGCCCACCCGGGUCACCCCAGAUUCCACUCACUGAUUCUGAAGUAGAGCCAUCAGUCAUUGGACAUAUGUCUCCCAUCAUGACAUCCCCUCAUUCACCUGGAGCAUCUGGGAAUAUGGAGAGAAUUACUAGUCCUGUGCUCGUGGGGGAGGAAAACAAUGUGGUUCAUAACCAGAAAGUAGAAAUUCUGAGAAAAAUGUUACAGAAAGAACAGGAACGGCUACAGGAUGGAGCUAUAGUUACAUCCUCCAAGCCUUUAGGUGACACGCUAACAGUCAGUGAGUUAGAAGCAGAUCCUGGUGAUGGACUAGGCAGAAUUGACUAUAGCAGUGGAGAUGUUUCUCGGCACGGCAGUGACAAUGCAGAUAGUCCCAAGAGUGGCCUGAAAGAGAGGAUUUAUCUAGAGGAAAACCUAGAGAAAAGUGAAGUAAAUCAGGACACUGAUACUCAGUCACUUAUCGGGAGUCCCUCAACCCGUAUAGCACCUCAUAUUAUUGGAGCAGAGGAUGAUGAUUUUGGUACUGAACAUGAACAGAUCAAUGGGCAGUGCAGCUGUUUCCAGAGCAUUGAACUGCUAAAAUCUCGCCCUGCUCACUUGGCUGUUUUCUUACACCAUGUAGUUUCACAGUUUGACCCUGCAACGCUGCUCUGUUAUCUCUAUUCAGACUUGUAUAAACAGACCAAUUCCAAGGAGACUCGUCGCGUCUUCCUUGAGUUUCAUCAGUUCUUCCUGGAUCGAUCUGCGCACCUGAAAGUUUCUGUUCCUGAUGAGAUAUCGGUAGAUCUAGAAAAAAGAAGACCCGAGCUUAUUCCUGAGGAUCUACAUCGCCACUAUAUCCAAACUAUGCAGGAAAGAGUCCACCCGGAAGUUCAGAGGCACUUGGAAGAUUUUCGGCAGAAACGUAGCAUGGGGCUGACCUUGGCCGAAAGUGAACUGACUAAACUUGAUGCAGAGCGAGACAAGGAUCGGGUAACUUGGGAGAAGGAACGGGCAUGUGCAGAGCAGAUUGUUGCCAAAAUUGAAGAAGUGUUGAUGACUGCUCAGGCUGUAGAAGAAGAUAAGAGUUCGACAAUGCAGUAUGUUAUUCUCAUGUACAUGAAGCAUUUGGGAGUAAAAGUGAAAGAACCUCGAAAUUUGGAGCACAAACGGGGUCGGAUUGGUUUCCUUCCAAAAAUCAAGCAAAGUAUGAAGAAAGAUAGGGAAGGCGAAGAAAAAGGGAAGCGAAGAGGCUUCCCCAGCAUCCUGGGGCCUCCAAGAAGACCAAGCCGUCAUGACAACAGUGCAAUUGGCAGAGCCAUGGAACUACAGAAACAACGCCACCCUAAGCACUUAUCCACACCCUCAUCUGUGAGUCCUGAACCUCAGGACUCUGCUAAGUUGCGCCAGAGUGGGUUAGCAAGUGAAGGAACAGACAUUGGAUACCUGCCAGCCAAUUCCAUGUCCCCUGUGGUUUCAGGGACCACUCUUUCCCAGGAAGGAGGGAAAGAAAAUGAUAUGGGAUCAAAGCAAGUUGGAGAAACACCAGCAUCCGGAGACUCCUUAGAUGGCACACCUCGUACUUCCAAUACCAUCUUUGAUUUCCCACCUCCUCCAUUAGACCAAGUACAAGAGGAGGAAUGGGAAGUAGAAAGAAUGACUGAACAUGGGACACCAAAGCCCUUUCGAAAGUUUGACAGCAUAGCUUUUGGAGAAAGUCAAAGUGAGGAUGAACAGUUUGAAAAUGACUUAGAAACAGAUCCACCCAACUGGCAACAGCUUGUUAGUCGAGAAGUGUUAUUGGGACUAAAGCCUUGUGAGAUCAAAAGACAGGAAGUAAUUAAUGAAUUGUUCUACACUGAAAGAGCUCACGUUCGAACACUGAAGGUUCUUGAUCAAGUAUUCUAUCAGCGAGUGUCCAGAGAAGGAAUUCUGUCACCUUCAGAACUACGGAAAAUUUUUUCAAACUUGGAAGAUAUUCUUCAGCUUCACAUUGGGUUGAACGAGCAAAUGAAGGCUGUUCGAAAGAGGAAUGAGACUUCUGUUAUUGAUCAGAUUGGGGAAGAUUUGCUGACCUGGUUCAGUGGACCAGGGGAGGAAAAGUUGAAACAUGCUGCUGCUACCUUUUGCAGUAACCAACCUUUUGCCCUGGAAAUGAUCAAGUCUCGUCAGAAAAAGGAUUCUAAGUUCCAGACUUUUGUGCAAGAUGCUGAGAGUAAUCCACUAUGUCGUCGUCUACAGCUGAAGGAUAUCAUUCCCACUCAAAUGCAGAGGCUUACUAAGUACCCUCUUCUAUUGGAUAAUAUUGCCAAAUACACAGAAUGGCCAGUGGAAAGGGAGAAGGUGAAGAAAGCUGCAGAUCACUGUCGUCAGAUCUUAAAUUAUGUAAAUCAGGCUGUCAGGGAGGCAGAAAACAAGCAGCGCUUAGAAGAUUAUCAGCGUCGCCUUGAUACCUCCAAUCUGAAGUUGUCAGAGUACCCAAAUGUUGAAGAGCUCAGGAAUUUGGAUUUAACAAAAAGGAAGAUGAUUCAUGAAGGGCCAUUGGUUUGGAAGGUGAAUAGAGAUAAAACUAUUGAUCUGUACACAUUGCUGCUGGACGACAUUCUUGUACUGUUACAAAAGCAGGAUGAUAGACUGGUGUUAAGGUGUCAUAGUAAGAUUCUGGCAUCUACAGCUGAUAGCAAACACACAUUUAGCCCUGUCAUUAAGUUGAAUACAGUGUUGGUUCGACAAGUGGCAACAGAUAACAAAGCUUUAUUCGUCAUCUCCAUGUCAGAUAACGGAGCCCAAAUUUAUGAACUGGUGGCACAGACAGUUUCUGAAAAGACUGUCUGGCAGGACCUAAUCUGUCGGAUGGCUGCAUCAGUGAAGGAGCAAUCCACAAGGCCAAUUCCACUGCCCGAGUCCCCUCCUUGCGAAGGAGACAAUGAUGAAGAAGAACCUCCAAAAUUAAAAGUGGAGCAUCAUGGCAUUUCUGUCACUGGUCUGCAGAGUCCAGACAGAGAUUUGGAAUUAGAGUCUCCCUUAAUAUCGUCAAAACCUCAAUCUCAUUCACUGGGUACCUCUGGGAAAUCGGAGGUAGAGGAUCUCUUUGUGGCAGAGAGACAGUUUGCAAAGGAGCAACAUGCAGAUGGAGUGCUAAAGGAAGUUGGAGUAAAUUAUCAAAUCACAAUCCCAGAUUCACACUUGCCUGUCUCAGAAGAACGGUGGGCAGUGGAUGCACUAAGGAAUUUGGGUUUUUUGAAGCAGUUGCUGGUGCAACAGCUGGGUUUGACUGAGAAGAGCACUCAGGACGACUGGCCACAUUUCCCAAGAUACAGGACAGCCUCUCCAGGGAUGCAGGCAGACAGUGGAACCCGGAACUCUGAAACUCUCAAGGCCUAUCAUCCUGGUGAAGGACAGAUGCCCUUUAGAACUGGAACUGGUGACAUUUCAUCUUGUUACAGUCCACGGACUUCAGCUGAAUCUUCUGCUCCACAAGAUUCAGUGGUACUGGCAUUCCAAGAUAGCCAGGCAAGUGACAUUUUAGUAAUGGACCACAUGAUUAUGACCCCAGAGAUGCCUCCUGCAGAGCCAGAAGGGGGUCUUGAUGAGAGUGGAGAGCACUUUUUUGAUGCCCGUGAAGCACAUAGUGAUGAUAAUCCAUCAGAAGGUGAUGGACCAGUUAAAAAGGAAGAGAAGGAUGUUAAUUCACGCAUCUCAGGAAAAUAUUUGAUCCUUGAUGGCUAUGAAACAGUGCAGGAGAGCUCUACAGAUGAGGAGGUUGCUUCCUCGCUUCCCUUGCAACCCAUAACAGGCAUCCCUUCUAUGGACUCUACUCACCAGCAGCAACAUUCUCCCCAGAAUGCUAAUUCUGAGGGGGCAGUUUCACCGUUCACCCCAGAAUUCCUGGUCCAGCAGCGCUGGGGAGCUAUGGAGGAUUCCUGUUUUGAGAUCCAGAGUCCCCCACCUUAUGCAGAUUCACAAAGCCAGAUCAUGGAGUACAUUCGUAAGAUAGAGGCUGACCUUGAACACCUAAAGAAGGUGGAGGAAAGUUAUACCGUUCUUCGCCAAAGGCUGGCUGGAUCAGCUCUCACAGAUAAGCACUCAGAUAAAAGUUAGAGCCGCGUGUCCUGGAGGUGACUGAAGGUUGUUGGAUUUUGAGCAUCGGCCUUGUAUCACCACGUCUUGGCUCCAGUGUGGACACAGAGAGUGUGUGUGACAGAGGAUCUGCCUGUGAACCCCCUGGGGUUCGCCAUUCCCAGGGUGCCCAGAGCAAGACUAGUUCUUCACAGUCUGGCAGCUGCACUAGUCUGUCAGUGAGGGAAUAGCCAUUCUCUCACUCUGCUCUCCUCACUAUCAGAAAUUCAUUUUGAUUCAGAACAAAAACCAAAUGUAUAGAGCUUUGGGUGUAGGAUAUGAAAUUUUACUUAGACUUAAGAAAAAAGAAAAUCAGAUGUAUUUAUUUGACUUCAUUCCGUAUUUGAAAGCACAUUUUAAUUUUUAUUUUGCCAUGUUUUGUUUUAAUUGAGUAGUGAGAUUUUUAGCCCUUUGUAUUUAGUACACCCAAGGAUCAAUUGCUCCUGAAGCAAAGAGUUCAGGAUGGGGUAUGAGGAGGUUGGAUAGAGAGGUGAAGAAGAGGAGGAAGUAAGGAGGAGGAGGGAGGAGCAUCUAGCCUUCACUAAACUGUGUUACAUGCCCUCUGCUGUCCAGUGGGCUGCUUCCCUGAGGGUCAUCUCAAUGGCGGAGUAUGCCGGUGGCUCCUAUGUGCAGAGGACUGAGCUGUGUGCUACCCAGGUGGGCAGAGAGUUGGUGGGCUUCCUCCAGCCUGAGGCAAGCACCUCUUCUCUGUAGCUGGGAUCCACCCCCAAUUAACAGGAAUCCUCAAUGUACUAAAUAGCAGGCACUUGAAAAUGGGCGUGUUUUCUUGUCUUCUUUUCUAUUGAGGGUUGGGAUUUGGGAGGGAGAGGAAAGCAAAUUUUAUUUUCUUGACUAUAAAUUUGUUAUUCUUGGUAUUGUUUCAUUUUUAUAAUUAUACAUUAGACUUCGGCACUUGUGUAAAAUUAUCCCUGCAGAUUAAGCAGGAAGUGAAAACAAACAAGUGGAGAUGCUUCAGAUGGUGGUAGGGGUGGGGGUUGCUGAGGAAGGGUGGGAUGGGAGUGGGUGAAAGAGUUCAGGAAGGUUAUCUAACUGAAUCACUACUGAGUUGAACAAUGGCUGUCAUUAGCCACGGGUACUGCUGAUUAUAAGGCCAGUAAAAUUUUAGUACCUGGAGGUUUGACUCUAAUUUUUGCACUGAUGGUGCCAAAGGGCUCUUUGAGUUAAACGGAGAGCCAAGAGUGGAGUGAAGUGGUGGGGAAGGCAGAGCUGCUCAAACCAGCUCCAGAGCACUUCCUCUGACUUCACUGCUGGAGCUUUCUCCACACUGGUGGUGACUGACCUGAAAAAUUGCAGACCAGAACAUACACUGGACACUGCAGGCAAGCUGUUGGUAACUGCGUGCUCUAGAAUGAAUAGUAGUAUUGGCAGCACCCAACAGAGGAUAAAUGGUUUGGAAUUGUAACUUGAGAACAUCUUCAGUUAUAUUGGCUUUCUGUGGUUUUCUUUGUGCAUCAGGUCUAUAUGUUUUGGAGUAUUUUUGCCAACUAAAACUAAAUCAUUUGUCAAACUUAAAAUUCUGUUAAUAUGCAGAGAGUUCAUCCACUGCUCAGAUCUUUUAGUAGUGCCCUCUGAACUCUGUGGGGAGUCAGGAUGUAGUUUUAUUCUUCCCUGCAGUCCAUUAUAUAUUUAUAUAAUUUUUUCUUUCCCCCUCAUCACAAGUGGUAAGGAUUCCCAACUACUUUUAUAAACACCACUACAACUUAACAAGCUUAUUUAUGUCCCGAUUCCUGUUUCUGUCUUUUCAAAACUGAUCUAUUUUUAAGUAGACCAACUUACAUCAUUGGACCUCAUCUAUAAAUUAGAAUUAUAUUUUGAGUUGUAGACCAAGUGUAAAUUAAAUCAGAAUGGGAUUAAAAAUUUUAGAAGCAGAAGUUAAUAUAUAAGUGAAGCUUAGAACUUGAACUUCCUGUAUCUGUUAAGAGAAACAAGUAGAAACCAAAUGGUUACAUUGUGCUGCUGGAAAUAAUGUAGUCAUUCCCAAGUAGAAGGGUUACACCUGUGGCCACUUGACACUAAUACCAUCAGCGGGCAAUUAGGAGAAAGGUAAAUAUAAAUAGAACUUUCAUCUUAACUGCAGACAGUACAGGGUAAUUACAGAAUUCUCUAGCACUCAUUUGAGAAGCUUUGUAGGUUAGAAAUGUUUUGGUUUCUCUUUUAGCUCAGCCAAUAUCUUGUCCUUAGCGACUAUUUGCUUUUCUUUUCCUGCAGUUUAACCUCUCCUUGGAACAAAAGCAGGCUAACUGGAAAAAUACUUUGACCAUAGCUCUA